AUGGCUCGUGGUAGACCAAAAGCCCACGUCUCACCUUGCAAAUUCUGUAAUAUGCAGUUUAAGCGUCUCGAACAUUUGCAGCGCCAUGAACGCAUCCAUACACAGGAGAAGCCCUUUGCAUGUGGCUGUGGACAAAGAUUUUCCAGACAGGAUCUUCUCUCGCGGCAUAUUAGGAUCUCUCAACACGAAUCGCCUGUCGAGUCAACACCAGGCGUCCACUCUAAGGAUAGGACUGUUCAACAAGUUCAGGAAGAAUCCCCAAUUGGAUCUACGGGCAUAUCAGACCCCACAAUUAGUAAUGAGAAUCACAGUGUACCCUCUUUAGCCACAGUACCACCAUUCGUGCACGACCUAGGCACCUCUGCACAGUCUGUGGCUAUAAGCACCCCUUCUGGAUCCGAAGGGAAUCUUCAGCCCUCUCACACAAGUGUAUACCUGCCACCUGAUUCCGCAACCGGUCUUGUGUCCAACUCGACAUAUGAGUUUGACUUACUGUGGAACAACAGCACUGAUACAACGUCCUUCCUUCCCACGUCCUUUUUCGACACUGACUAUUCGCUCUCUGAUCUCUGGCAUGCAGAUAUGUUUAGAGCCGGUAACAAUACCUUGUCCCCACUUGCGUGGGAUGGUUGUGAUAGACGGGUGCAAUCAUCUCAAGGUGCGGAGCAAGGCCCUAUCUUCUCGUCAUUACCGUCUAGGCUGCCACCAGUAGAACCGGAUUCUCUGUCAUCGAACGCGGAGAGAUUACCAACCCAUGACUUGAAUUCGCAAACGAGCUCUGAGACUGUCAGUGACUCGACACCUGGGCUGCCCUGGAAUAUAUCUGGCCUUGCGUAUGAGAGAAUAUCUAAUGCUAUUCGGUCGUACGAGAGGGUUCUGCCUGCAGGCUUUGCGAUCCCUUCUCGGCAUACCAUUUCUCGGUACAUCGACGGAUACUUCCGAGGGUUCCACGAACAUUUUCCAUUCUUGCACAUUCCCACCUUACAAACAGAUACAUUGGCACCUGAGCUCAUACUUGCUAUGGCUGCGCUAGGGUCAUUCUACCGGUUUGAGCAUACCAAGGGAUACGAACUCUACUUGGGUGCCAAAUCAAUUAUCACACACCAGCUACAGCAGCGCAGCCAAAGUUCAAUGCUAAAAUUGGCGAGAAAGCCACGGCCCUCUUCAACCUCCACCCCUCUACGAGCGCGCUUUUCCACUCCUGAAGCUUACACAGAACCCGGUGUGGCCUAUUCUUCCAGAAAGACGGCAUUGUCUGGAGCAGAGUUCCAGACCUUGCAAUCACUCGUUGUGCUUAUGGCAAUGACUACGUGGGCAGAUGCACCUGCUGUGCGAGAGGCGUUGUCAAUGGGAAGCCAACUCGCCAUGCUGGUCAGAGAAGGAGGACUUUUCGAAUCCGAUGAAAUCGUUGGAGAGUGCUCAUGGACGCAUUGGAUUCACUGUGAAGGACGGCGACGAACUCUUUUUAUUGCAUACAUCCUCUUGAACCUCACCAGCAUUGCAUUUGACGUGCCACCCAUGAUUCUAAAUCAAGAAAUAUCUCUUUGCCUUCCUCACUGCAAUACUGAGUGGGUGGCUACAUCUGCUGCCAAAUGGCAACAUAUGAGAAAGACCUAUGGCCACACAGAGCGUGGGUUUCUAUCCACCCUUGAUGAAAUCCUCCGUGGGCAAGACGUGCACAAUAAAGAGCCUCUUUCCGCCCUUGGAAACUAUGCACUGAUCAAUGGCUUGAUUCAACGGAUUUUCUUCAAGAGGCAAGCGUCGGCUGGCCCUGCUUUACCACCGGAUACAGUGAAGCAAUUUGAGUCUGCGCUACAGUCCUGGCAACGAUCAUGGGAAGCCACACAGGAAACCUCACUGGAUCCCUCUUCACCGAAUGGCCCACUUGGCUUUAAUUCAGCAGCCUUGUUACGGUUGGCGUACCUUCGACUGAACGCAAAUUUAGGACCAUGUCGGAAUCUGAUGUCACAGGAUCCAGCAUCUAUUGCCAGCGGCAUUACGGAUGAAUCUAUUCCCCUCCUCAUCCGCUCAUCCCACGUGGAUAGGGCUGUACUUCAGUGCAUUCAUGCGUUGAGUAUCCCGAUCCGAGUAGGCAUCGCGUUUGUUGCAUCCACUCAGACCAUGAAUGGGAGCAUCCAGCAUCCUCUGUGCACUCUCGAAUGCGCCUUUCUAUUAACUCGGUGGCUGGGGUCUGUAUCCGAUAUUGUACUGGCCUCCGGGCUGGAGACUCUACGUGAAGAUGAAAGAAAACUUCUAGGAAUGAUUGCCAGCCUCGUCAGGGAAACAGAUCUGGCUUAUACACUAGAAAAGGAUGAGAAUGACGGGUUUUGUAUCCGUCGCAUGGCCGCGACGGUUGUGAGGCUGUGGGCUGAAACCUUUCGAGGCGUUCAUGUCUUUCAGAUCGUACGGGUCAUAGGAGAUAGUCUUUCUGCUGUAGCAGAUAUACUAGAAACACGACUGCAGAAGCAAGCCAAUAUAAAUGAACAUCGUUGA